AGGCGCGCGCUCGCCCGCGCGCCUUCUUUGCCGCUGGGCGCCGCGCGCGCCCGGCGGCCACGCAUGGUCGCUAGCGCGUGGGACCUGCGUAUCUCGAAGGAGGAGAAGACCACGCACCAGAUCAAGGAGGACGCGAUCAUGAUCUGCGAGCGCGCCGACUGGGGCGAGGACGACAGCAGCCUCGGGCCCACCGCCGCCUGGUCGACGGCGGACUCGUCGCCGGAGCUGGGCAGCGACGACGGCCCAUCGCGGGCAGCCGCGUGGUCCUGGCGGGCCGCCAUCAAGGUGGGCCUCGUCCUGGUGGUGACCACCUCUGUCGCUCUCGUGAUCCUCGCCAGCCACGCGGAGGGGCUGGAGCACCCAGCCUUCCACGUGAAGGACGCGGUGUUGGCCGCGCUGGUGGUCGGCUACCUGGCCGCGCGCUGCGCAGGCGUGGCCGGGCCCCAGUCGCAGGCGCCGGCGGCCCUGAUCGCCGCCUGGCUGGCCGCCUUGACGAUCAGCCUGGGGUCGCCCGCACGGCGCAGGCGGGUGCUCGGCAGGAGCGGCCCCGCCGCAGGCGACGUGUGCGACGAGGGCCCGGCGGCGCUGUGGCUGGCCCUCGUGCUCGGCGCGGCCUCGCCGGCGCUGUGCGCGGGGCCGCCGGAGGCCCGGCGCGCCCGGUGGUGGGCCUUCGCCGCGCUGGGGCAGGGCGUGAGCCUGCAGCACCUGCUCGUGGGCGUGGCCCUGCAGUCCGAGGAGUGCGCCGGCGCCGGCACGGGGCGCAUCCACGGGCUGCUGCUGGGCCUGCCCCCCCUCUGGGCCGCCUGCCUGCAGCUCUCGGCCCUGGCGCUGCUGCUGGCGGCCGGGUGCCGCCCCCCUGCCCGGGAGGGCACCGUGGAGCGGCUGGUGGAGCAGUACCUCUCCGCGGUGGCGGAGGACGCGAACGCCAGCGUCAGCAAUGAGACUGCCAAGGAGCCGCGUCACGCACAGCAUCGACUCCUGGGAGAGGCGCUGCCGGAAGCUGCUGGAGGACCUGGAGCCACACGUGGACGCCGGCGGCGCCGGGAGCGGCCCCCAGCUGUGGGCGGGCUUCGCGGACCACCUGGCGGAGGCGCUGAGGCAGUGCCGGGCGCAGCUGCACAACCGGCAGGAGACCUCCCGGGACGUGAACAGCCAGCUGCUGCGCGCGGUGAAGGAGGAGGGGGGGAGCGGCUCGGACGUGCAGGUGCUGUCCGGGUGGCUGCAGCAGGCAUGGGAUCCGGACGGCGCCGCGCAGUCCAUGGGGAUCGAGAGCCUGAGCAUGGAUUCGAUCAUCCAGCGGCCGCAGCGCACCCUGCAGAGGGUCGCGGGCGCUCGCACGGAGCUGCUCGUCGGCGACUGGUCCUUCGACGCCCUCGAGGUGGAGAGCAGCGGGCACACGGUCAUGCAGCUCGUGGGCUUCGAGCUGCUGCACACGUAUGCGUCGCUGCCUCCGGGAGCCCUGACAGCCUUCCUCAGCACACUGGAGAAAGCGUACGGGAAGGAGCACCCUUACCAUUCGUACGUCCAUGCGGCGGACAUGUGCAAUUCCUUUUAUUUCUUGGCGACCAGGAGCAGGCUGUGGGAGGAUGGGGAGGUAUCAGACUGGAUCCAGCUGACCUCCUUGAUUGCAGCCCUCGGGCAUGACGUCGGCCACUUCGGACGCAACAAUGUGUUUUUGACCUCGACCCGGCAUGCUUUGGCGGUGACUUACAACGAUAAGAGCGUGUUAGAAAAUUUCCACGCAUCCACGUUGAUCCAAAUGCUCGACCAGUGCUAUGGCAGCGGGAGCGACCUCCCGGAGAAGCUCUUGAGUCAGCAACCGAUUGAGCGACUCCCGAGGAUGCGGCAUCUAAUUAUUCUUUUGAUCUUGCACACAGAUCCCGCCAAGCAUUUGGAGGACCUCUCGGCGUUCCGCGUCCGACUCGGCGCCGAGGACUACAACCCCAUGUCCCAUGUUCCUGGUUGCAACAAGGGCGACCAGGAGCAGGCCAUGUGCAUGCUGUUCCGGUCGGCGGACAUCAGCCACUCGGCAAAGGAUUGGAACAUACACCAGGAGUGGUCCAAGCGGGUCGCCCAAGAGUUCCACGAUCAGGGCGACGAGGAGAAGCGGCUCGGGCUCGCCGUGUCGCCGCUAUGCGACCGAGAGGGCUUCGUGCUCGCCAGCAGCCAGGUGGGCUUCUUGCAAUUCAUCUGCGUGCCGACCUGGAAGGAGCUCGCCCGCUUCGAGGAAAUCGUGUGCUACCUGGCGAAGGAGGCAGCCCGGUCUCCGGAGACGCACGCGCCGCGCAGGAGCAGCCUGCGGCUGACCACCAGGGGGUCGCAGGGCACGGACCGCAUCCUGAGCAGAUCGCAGACCGCCAUGUGCCACUCGCCGCAGCCCGGGCCGUGCUCGCCCGGGGCCUCUCCGAGGCGGCGGCGCCCUUCGCCGAUCACCUCCGCCGCGCCGUUCGACCCCAAGGCGAGCCCGCUUGAGCUGAUGCAGAUGGGGCGCGUGUCCAGCCUGCCCUCCGAGAGCGCAGGCAAGAUGUCUCGCCGGUCCUCGCUGUCCAGCCUGCAGUCCGAGAAGCGCUCCUCGCGGCCGUUCCUGACGCUGCCCGCGCGGGCGCAGGCCACGGCCGGCCCGCACCACGUGGCGGAGGCGCCCGACAUCCUGGAGCGGCUGGGCAAGCGGAGCAGCAGCGGCGACGGCAAGCUCACGUGCGUCUGCCUGCGCCUGUGCGAGCAGAACCUGAAAGCGUGGACGAGCCUUGCCGAGGAGGCCAAGCCUCCUCCGAGCCCUGCGAGUCGGUGCGCGUAGGCUUUCUCCAGCUCGUCCUGCGCCUUCUGCCGCGUGGCGAGAGCGGCAGGUCUGCAGCUCCCGUCUGAGUGAAGCCAAAACUGCGGUCGAAGUGCAAGUUGUGACCUCUGGAGUGCCAAGAGAUGCCUUGCGUGGAGCCGUGUCCAGCCAUGCGCGUCGCGUCGGCGCGAUUCAAGCGCAGUGCAAAUCCGUUUUUUGUUUCAUCCAGCAGCGAGUUCUGCUGUGGCGCCAAGUCCUUUGUGUGAUCCGUGCAGAGUCCUUUUAAUGCAUGGUUGCACCCAGCAUGAAGAAAAUUCAGAUACCUGCUAUCUGGGAACUUCCAGCAAGGAUUUGUCUCUGCACGGCAGCCAAUACAAAUAACACUUGAGCUACGCGUCCGAUAGGAUGCAUGCGUUAAGUGGAAUACGAAUGUGUGACGAGAAAGGCGAUCUAGACAAACCAGCCGCGCAUUAUGUUUCGACGCGCUUGGCCGCAGUCUGGGAUGGAGCUCAGUUUUUCACCAUUCGUUCAGAGCUCACCGUCAGGCCGGUGAUGGGUGCUGCUUUUGCUCAUCAGCAUGAUGCAAGCCAGAGCGAGCAUUCCAGCGCCUCUGACUCACAGGUGUCACCGCUUGCGCAGGCCUUCUGCGGUAAUAUGCACUGUGCGUUAUCGCUUACUGGGUCGGUGAUCUGUCUUACCGGGUACGCGAA